CUAAGAACCACCGAAUACUUAACAGCCCGAAAACAAUAUAAAUAUGACUUCGCAGCAUCCAUUUCUGAAAUUGAAAUGUCAAAUGUAAGGUAGCAAACAGUUGCGAUAUGUUAUUGGUCCCUGGUAUAAUCCCGCCCCAUGUUAUUUAACAUGCUUCCGCCAGCGAACAUGGCGACCUCCGUGGGCACGCUUGUACGACUCGGUGCAUCGUUAAUCCUGAAACCGGCUUCACGGCACUAUCCUUGGGUGACCGUGCUAUUAUCUUCACGCCGCUGUAGCCACAGCCUCAGAAGCAGCCUGUACGAGCAUGCCCGGGAGAGUUACAUUCACAAGCCGGAACUGGAUAUGCGAUUGGUUUGCGAAGAGAUGGACAAAGUCAUUGCUAAUGUAGAGAGCCGGAAAGGGGAUCUGCGGCGGUCGGACGUCCGUGAUAUAGUGUCAGUGUGGCAGCAGCUGCAGGAGGUCCAGCAGGAGAUCUCUGACUUGGAAGCACAGAAGAAGGAGAUAAGCACCCAAGUUCGAGCUCUUGUAGAUCAACACGAUAAGAAAGUACUGUCCACUCUGCCGGAGUAUGAGAGGGCAAGGGUGAAAGGGCGGGAAAUCCGACUGGCCCUGAACCAGCUGUACCCGCGGGAGAGCGAGUUGGAGCAGCAGCACUACCUCCGUGCCCUGCGGCUGCCCAACAACACGCACCCCAGUGUGCCAAUAGGAGAUGAGAGCCAGGCAAGAGUGGUUGAACUGAUUGGAGAGAAGCCAGAGUUUGACUUCAAAGUAAAGGGACACCUGGAAAUUGGGGAGAACCUGGACCUCAUCAGGCAGAGGCGGCUGGCGCACGUGUCAGGCCACAGGUCAUACUACCUGAGGGGGGCGGGGGCUCAGCUCCAGCUGGCGCUGCAGAACUUCACCCUGGACAUCCUUCUGCGCCGGGGCUUUGUUCCCAUGGUUGUCCCGGAUAUGCUGAGGGGGGCAGUGUUCGAAGGUUGCGGGAUGCAGCCUCACGCUCACCAGUCUCAGGUGUACUCCAUUGACCCCGCCCGCUUCGCAGACCUCAACCUGGCCGGCACGGGGGAGGUGGGCGUGGCAGGUUACUUUAUGGACCACGCUGUGAACCACAAGGACCUGCCUGUUCGGACCGUUUGCUGCAGCACGUGCUACAGGGCAGAGACGGACACUGGGAGGGAGACCUGGGGGCUCUACAGGGUGCACCACUUUAACAAGGUGGAGAUGUUUGGCGUGACGGCGGACGAGACUGGAGAGGAGAGCUCCCAGCUGCUGGAGGAGUUCCUGUCCCUGCAGAAGGAGAUCUUCUCUGCCCUAGAACUGCACUACAGGGUGCUGGACAUGCCCACACAGGAGCUGGGCCCCCCCGCCUACAGGAAGUUUGACAUCGAGGCCUGGAUGCCCGGACGGGGCAGCUAUGGAGAGAUCUCCAGCGCCUCCAACUGCACUGACUACCAGAGCCGCCGCCUCAGCAUUCUGUACGAGACCGAGGGAGAGAGCCUGCACUACGCCCACACGGUGAACGCUACAGCGUGUGCCAUCCCUCGCACCAUCAUUGCCAUUCUGGAGACUCAUCAGAACAAGGACGGGACGGUACGAGUGCCCCGUGCCUUACAGCCCUACGUGGGGUCAGAGGUCAUUGAGAAGCCCAAAUACUCCCCUCUGAAAUACAUUGGGCCAAACCAGCCACAACGCCCACCCCGCCCCACUCCCAAACCCAGAUGACAUGAGCUGACCCAAAGCCCACCCUGAAUACAGGACUCAACCAAUCUCCUUCCUAAAAAGGGGUGUUCGCUCUUUCCAUGCAUACAUACACUGUUGGUUCUGGGUGCCUGAUCAAGUGUGUAUAUAUAUAAAUUUAGAUAAUGCACUUUGUAAGCUUAUUCUGCAAUGUAAUAAAACCCCAUUACAAUCUAGG